AGAAAUCCAUAGAUGCGAGCUGCCUUCAACUUCAAGUCAAACGCGGUUCUUUGUGCGACGUUGACGUCUACUCUUCAGAUUCAUUCCUGACCUGUUCAUUGAUCCUCCAUCACCAUGGCAGAGGAGGAGGAGGGGCAUCUGUCGAUGACAUCAUCAAUGACAUCAUCAGCAAACUUGACUGUGAAUCCAUUUGAUACAGCUAGUCUGGACAGCAUGCAUCUACCUGCAUUCAGCCCAUCUGUAUUCAAGUCUAGUCAGGACACGCCCUGUAGCAAGAAGAAGAGUGGCUUUCGGUGGUCUAUCGAUCAGAUGUCUCUGCUCUUCCCAGCUGAUAUAGACGAGUUACCCCAACAACAGGAUGCAUCAUUCAUCCCAAAAGAGAAAGAAGAACAGGUCCAACAAGCAAUUAAUCAGUUCUUCUCGCAGAAAGUAGUUGUCCCGUCACCCUGGUCAGAAUCCAAGCCAAUGAAACAGGUCACGUUCUCACCCAAACCACCAACUGUUAGCAUUUUAAGUGAGCACUCAGCGGAUAAUUCCAUUUGUUCAUCAACGAAUGGAUCCUUCCUUGGAAGUGUGUCGGGAAAGGUUGAUGUGAGCUGUCAGACGGCCAUUACUCUUCCACUCAAUUUUGAUUUGGAAGCUUUUCUUGGAAAGGGUCGCUUCAUGUACACCAAAUCCAGCGUGGAAUCGUUCCCCGUCGCUCCCCUGAGACGCAAACUCUUCACACAGAGUGAGUCCAGCUCCAAUGGAGUGCCCUCGGCCAGCCCUCUAUCGGCGAGUAGCAGGGAGAGCGGACCAUUCUCCCCCUCCAUCUCACCAAUCAAGUCCAGUCAGGAGUGCAGCCCGACAGACUAUGGACGUAUGCCAAAGACCCCUAAUUCAGUUGAGAGCCAGUUUUCGUCUAGUCCAAUAGCUCGUUACAGGACCACCCCAAUUAGACCAGUCCCUCAUGUACAACUCCAAGCAUCACCCCUGUGUGGGAAAAUGGAUUCUCCUUUGAUGUCGCCAAUAAGAGAAGCUCCACACAGUAAAGGUCUACCACCAAGUCCUAUUAUUGCACCCAGCCCCGUGGAGUCUCUCAGUAAUGGUGACCAUAUCUCACCCUUAAUUAUCAAGGGCAACUCACUCUACCAAUCCACAAAGCCUUCCGAUAACAUGAUGGAAACCAGUCUCUCCAAACCUGAUAUUCUUGAAUUCAGACCCCACAUGGCUGAGGUAGGAGGAGAUGAGAAUAUAGGGAUGGAGGGAAGGAGAGACUUCUCACAAGAGUUUAGCGGAACGGACGGGAAUAGAAGAGAAGGGGACGGACCGAUUGACCUAAGGAAUGAGCCUCCUCACAAGGGGAUCGACGAAUUUGUUGAUAGGACCGACAGAGAGGAAGAAUUCGCUCACGGAUCGAUAGAAGAAUUUGAUGAGCACGAUGGAGGCGGAGGAGGGGAUGGAGAUGCGAUGGAGAGAAGGAAGGAUUUCACGCUUGGCUUGACCAGAGAGUUGAGCCCCAUACAGAGGAUUGGUGACCAUAUCUCAAUGCUAAAUGAACCAGGUUGUUCAUCAAGACUACAUGGUACUCAAGAAGAAAGCAGUAUGGAUACCAGUCUCAUGAGUAACAGGGGUCACAUUCAAGAGGAUAUUCAUGCUAGCAGUCCACCGAGGCAGAACAUACCAUGUGACUUCUCGCUGGAAGCCAGUACUGCCAUCAGCCCUAUACCAAAGACUGGUGAUCUACCAAUCUCCCCUGUCAGGACCGAAGAAGGCGUAUCCAAAGACAGGGUCAAUGCCCAGUCUUUCAGAUCCAAGGCACGACACAAGAUGGUCUCCUUCCACAUCGGGACAGAAUUCAGCCCUAUAAGGUAUCCGGAAAGCGGUGGUGAUCCUUUCUCGGGGCAAGGCAUGCCAAUCACGUCGUCACGAGUGCACGAUAGCAACGCGGAACUGUUGAUGGAAACCAGUCUGUUUUCCCUGGAUGGACGAGAAGAGGUUGCGGGUGAUCGGCCAGAGAGAGUGGAGAAUCUUGAAAACGAUGCGUGUAGUAAGGUGACAAAGUUCUUGCGGACUGGUCCUCAAGAAGAUGCUACAGGGUUAGAAUCGGUGGAUGAUGUAUCAGCAGCGGGGACCGGUGAUGUUCCGCAGGGAGAAAAACAUUUUGAGUCAGGUUGUGAAGAGCUUAGGGAAAACCUUAUCAAAGUUUCUAAAUAUGGUGGAACAAAAAAUGAUGGUUCGGACUGCAAGGACGAUUUCGCUUCUUUUGCUGAAGAUAUCGCCUCCCAUUAUCCUGCAAAGCCAAAGAUGUUUGUGAGAACUUCAAGUGCUCUGGAUGGUGCUGUGUCCAACUCCAGCAGGUCGACCGAGUCAUGUGAUCAGUCCAGUGCAUCCUGGGUUGGGAAAGCCUGUUCCUCGUCUCUGAAGCAUGGGAUGCGUUCAGGAGAACAAUCAUAUCCAUUCCAGAGCCCCACGGUACCAGCAACGUGUCUGACAUCGACCAUGCGAUACGGCACGCUAUCUUUCAAUCCACCGUUUGGACUUCCUGUCAAGGGUGAUCAAAGUGCCAUCUCAGCAAUGGACCUUAGUUCUGUAUCCUUGAUAGCAAAUGCAUCUCCCAAAAAGGAUACCACAGAAACGUGCAAAGGUGGGCAAUUCAAACAAGAGUCUUCCAAAAACCUGAGGUUUGAUGAAGUGCAAUUCUUUGACAGGGUUGAGGAUUGUUGGAUGCAGACGUCUUUUACAAAGAAGUCCGCCCCAAGCUGUAUGACAACAAGCCGGAGCUAUGACUCUUUGAGGAAGUAUGCAGAGGAGAGAGAAAACACAGAUGUCCAGGAAGAUUGGCUAAUGCUGUCUUUAUCCGAGGCAGAUCUUCAGAGCCAUAGAAGGGACUCUGUCGGAACACUUUCAUCAAGCUUGCUCCAUCAUUGUGAAGAUAGGGAACAUUGUCCUACCAUGCCACAAGCUCACAUCUCCCAUCCCGUCUUUCAAAGAAGUACCUCAGAUCCGCUUCCGUACCAAGAGGCUGACAUGCAGGAAGGGCCUAUCUCAUUGGACCUUCCACAUAGUCAUCCUGCCCAGGAUAAUCCUGCAAAAACUGUAAGCCUCCAAAAUAAGACUCCUCACUCCAGUCCGGCCAUGGAACAUGGUAAUUUAACCAACCUACAUUCCCAUCAGAAACUCUUGAAUGACGCAAACGGGCAUGAAGAACACAUCUCAGGCGAUAUAAGCAAAGCGGAAGCAACACCUUUAAGGCCUAUCUCAGUGAAUCUCCUUGCUCAGGUAACCAGAACAGGAGUUGAUAGUGGGUACAAUACACACUGUGCAAAUGUCUCUAUGGACCUUGGAGAUGUCGAGAACAGUACUUGAUGGGGACGAAACAAGGCAGUGACACAUCUGAGCCCUGUCUUACAAAGAGUUGCAAUCGAUUUAAUCAACCACAACUAUGGAUGGCAAGCAA